CUCUCAUGGCUUUAGUGUAAUGUUUAACCGCUGUUGAGAAAGAUAGAAAGCGAUAGAGAGGGAAAUAAAUAUAGAGAGAAAGACUGAAUAAGAAAUAUAAGAAUUUCAGAUACGUUGGUAUAGCAGAAGGCAGUUUCCUAUACAUUGGAAUAUAGUCUUCUGGAAAAAAUAUAAAAAUAAAUUUGUCUCCACCCGUGCAUGUUAAAUCGGGGAGAACAUUAGAGCCGUGAGUCGGCUAGAACUUCUGCGUUUCAAAGCAACACCAGCAAGAAGGCAUGAUUGUGCGACGGAGUUCAGUGUUUUCUACUUUCUACCUUCAUGCCUUUUUGUUAUGCUUGCCGACGAAGGUGUCUGACGCAUCGGGACACUUCGAGUUGGAAAUCUUAUCGAUGCAGAACACGAAGGGUGAACUGCAGGACGGCUCGUGCUGCGACGGCGCGAGGAACUCGGCGGAUCGCAGAUGCACGCGGGACGAAUGUGAUACGUAUUUUAAAGUUUGUCUGAAGGAAUAUCAAUCGCGAGUGUCCGCGGCUGGGCCUUGCAGUUUCGGAACUGGAUCUACGCCCGUUCUCGGUGGGAAUAAAUUUUCGACCAAGGGUACGCGGAGUGAAAAGACAAGGAUUGUUUUACCCUUCAGUUUCGCUUGGCCGAGGUCCUACACGUUGAUAGUGGAGGCAUUGGACUUCAAUAAUGAUACCACCAGUGAAAGUCCGCCCGUAAAGCUCAUCGAGAAAGCAUACCACUCUGGUAUGAUCAACCCAAAUCAACAAUGGCAGAGGCUGAACCAUAUCGGCUCCAUCGGCCAGUUUGAUUACCAGAUCCGGGUAACCUGUGAUGAACACUACUACGGCUUUGGCUGCAACAAGUUCUGCCGGCCACGCGAUGAGUUCUUUGGACAUUACACCUGUGACCAGAAUGGCAAUAAGACUUGCCUGGAAGGAUGGACUGGCCCUGACUGCAAUACAGCCAUCUGCAGACAAGGUUGCAGCACCGAACAUGGAUCUUGUAAGCGACCAGGUGGCUGCAAGUGUCUAUAUGGCUGGCAGGGUUUGUACUGCGACAAAUGCAUCCCUCAUCCUGGCUGUGUCCACGGAACUUGUGAGGAACCCUGGCAGUGCCUUUGUGACACUAAUUGGGGUGGACAACUCUGUGACAAAGAUCUGAACUACUGUGGAACUUACCAGCCGUGUUUCAAUGGAGGAACAUGCAGCAAUACAGGGCCUGACAAGUACCAGUGCUCUUGUGCUGAUGGCUACUCUGGGGUCAACUGUGAAAGAGCGGAACAUGCCUGUCUGUCCAACCCAUGUGGCAACGGAGGGACGUGCAAAGAGACUAGUCAGGGUUACGAGUGUUUCUGUGAGGUCGGCUGGAGUGGCCCAUCCUGCAAUAUCAAUGUGGACGACUGUUCGCCCAACCCAUGCAAGCACGGAGGUACCUGUCAGGAUUUGGUCAAUGGAUUCAAAUGCACCUGCCCUCCUCACUGGACUGGCAAAAUGUGUCUAAUUGAUGCCAAUGAAUGUGAGGACAAGCCUUGUGUGAAUGCUAAGUCAUGCCACAAUCUGAUUGGAGGAUAUUUCUGUGAGUGUCUCCCUGGCUGGACUGGUCAAAACUGUGAUAUAAACACAAAUGACUGCCAGGGUCAGUGUUUGAAUGGAGGAACUUGCAAGGACUUGAUGAAUGGUUACAGCUGUCUUUGCCCGCCUGGUUACUCUGGUGAACACUGUGAGAAAGAUGUGGAUGAGUGCGCUAGCAGCCCAUGUCUGAAUGGCGGUCGAUGUCAGAAUGAAGUCAACGGAUUUCAGUGCCUAUGCCCUGCUGGCUUCUCAGGUCAGCUGUGUCAGCUGGAUAUUGAUUACUGCAAGCCCAGCCCAUGUCAGAACGGUGCACAAUGUUUCAACAUUGCAUUGGACUACUUUUGCAAAUGUCCCGAUGAUUACGAAGGCAAAAACUGCUCGCACCUAAAGGACCAUUGUCGAACCACAUCAUGCCAAGUGAUUGACAGCUGCACUGUAGCCAUGGCAUCUAACAGCACACCUGAUGGGGUGCGGUAUAUAUCCUCAAAUGUAUGUGGCCCUCACGGACGAUGCAGGAGCCAGGCAGGAGGCCAGUUUACAUGCGAGUGUCAGGAAGGAUUCAGAGGCACCUACUGUCACGAGAAUAUAAACGACUGUGAGAGUAAUCCAUGCCAAAACGGCGGAACUUGCAUCGAUAAAGUGAAUGUAUACCAGUGCAUUUGUGCUGACGGCUGGGAAGGAGUUCACUGUGAAAUCAAUAUAGAUGACUGCAGCUUUAACAUCUGCCUGAACAAGGGAGCAUGUCAAGACCUGGUGAACGAUUUCUACUGCGAAUGUAGAAAUGGCUGGAAGGGAAAAACCUGCCACUCCCGUGAUAGCCAAUGUGACGAAGCCACAUGCAACAACGGAGGUACAUGCCAUGAUGAAGGGGACAUCUUCAAAUGCAGAUGCUUACCUGGCUGGGAAGGAGCCACCUGUAACAUAGCCAAGAACAGCAGCUGUCUACCCAACCCAUGUGAGAACGGCGGCACCUGUGUAGUCAGUAGUGACUCCUUCACCUGCGUUUGCAAGGAAGGCUGGGAGGGGCCCACCUGUACAGAGAAUACCAACGACUGCAACCCACACCCAUGCUACAACAGCGGGACAUGUGUGGACGGUGAAAACUGGUACCGUUGCGAGUGCGCCCCUGGUUUCGCCGGGCCGGACUGCCGCAUUAAUAUAAAUGAGUGCCAGUCGUCUCCCUGCGCAUUUGGCUCUACCUGUGUAGAUGAAAUCAAUGGUUAUCGCUGCCUUUGUCCUCCUGGAAGAACAGGACCUGAGUGUCAAGAAGUCAUUGGAAGACCAUGUAUUGCUAAUGGACAAGUAACUGCAGAUGGAAACAAAUGGGAGGAAGACUGCAACAUCUGCCAGUGUCAGAAUGGAAGGAUUCAUUGCACCAUGAUAUGGUGUGGACCAAAGUCAUGUCGGGCAGGAAAGGGUAAAGGUGGGUGUCCAGUUGGCCAAUCCUGUGUACCCAUUAAGGAAGAGCAGUGCUUUGUGAAACCCUGCCCCAGCCUUGGAGAAUGCUGGCCGCCAGCUCCUCCUCCACCCUCCAAAUGCCACGCCAGCUUCUCUAACCAGGACGACAGCUGUGCCAACAUCACAUUCACCUUUAACAAGGAGAAUAUGCCUCAAGGCUUGAGCGUAGAACAUGUAUGUAAUGAGCUGAGGCAUUGGUACCUGCUGAAGAACCUCACGGCAGAGUAUGCAGUGUCCAUUACAUGUGAGCCAUCUUCUUCAGCCAGCAAUGAGAUUCAUGUCAGCAUUUCCACAGAAGAGCCCAUGUUUGACAGGAGUCCAAUUAAAGAAAUUACAGUUCAAAUCACUGACUUGAUGAGCAAGCACAAUGGAAACAACACCAUCAUCAAAGCAAUCACCGGCGUACGUGUUCAUCAGACACCAAGCCCCAAAACUGACUACCUGGUUCCUCUUCUCAGCUCCAUCUUCAUAGUGCUCUGGAUCCUUGCCCUGGCCUCGGCUUUCCUUUGGUGCAUACACCGCCGGCGGAAACAGAACACCCAUGGCAAUGCAUCUACCUCAACUACAGAGGACAAUACCACCAAUAAUGUGCGGGAGCAGCUCAACCAAAUCAAAAAUCCCAUUGAGAAACAUGCAGCCAAUAGUGUGGCCAUAAAAGACUACGAGGGGAAGAACUCUAUCAUUGCCAAAAUUAGGACUCAUAACACUGAGGUGGAGGAAGAGGACAUGGAGAAACACUUGCAGAAAGCACGCUUCACAAAACAGCCAGCCUACACGCUGGUGGAGAGAGAGGAGCGAACACCUAACAAAAACCCAAAUUGGACUAACAAACAGGACAACAGAGACUUGGAGACAGCACAGAGCUUGAACAGGAUGGAGUAUAUCAUAUAGCAGGCAGCUGUGUUGCCGUGCAACCAAACCCCCUUCUCCUGUCCCUCAUGCACGUACUGGUCACUAGGCAGGGUCUCGGAGGGGUUGUACUUCUUAAAAACUGUUGUGUUCUGGACUCUAAGGCUGUUGUUUGCCUAAAACCCAUGUAUUAAUUUAAGUUUUGACAAGCUGGCUUAACACUGGCAAUUGAUUGUUGCUGUGGAUGGCUGAAAAAACAAAAUGCUGUGUUUCGUAUCCAUGGGAAACCAGUUCACGAGUGUUUUCCGUUAAAAAAGAAAAAAAACAUAAAAAAGAACACAUUUCAAAUGUCUAUAUUUUUGUGGAUACGUUUGAGUAUCUGAAAAGUUUGCAUAGUGUUUGCAAAUAGUUUUUAAGUGUUAUUUUUUUUUAUAAUGACAAUGCUCUCACAGCUAAAGUAGUUGUUUCUUCUUGAUCCAGCAGAUUUGUGGAAACUCUCUCUAGUUGGUUUUAUUUCUAGUUCUGAAAUUUUUCACAGCUACACACCACAGCAAUUGUCAGAAAUAAAUAAAAAGAACAAAACAUUUAUUUAUUAUUUUUCUUUUCUUGGGGCGGGAUAUGUCGGUCAGCAUUUGCUGCCAAUAUGAAGAAUUCUGUCAAUUUAGAAAUUGUGUAGAUAUGUAUAUAUUUUUUUUUUAUUAAUCACUAUGUAUAUUUGAUUUUAUUAACUUAAUAAUCAAGAGCCUUAAAAUAUCAUUCCUUUUUUAUUUAUAUGUCCUGUCUAGUUUUGAUCGCUUUGUUAGCCUUUAGCUUUGUUCAAACCCAUUUGUUUCAUGUUUCAGAUACCAAAAUUUGAAGAGAAAAAGCAGUCUAUUUAAAAAAUAAAAAAAAGACAGGCAUUUGUGUGCCUGAGAAUUGUUUUUUUUUUUUAUUAUUAAUAUUAUUUUAUACAUUGUCAGAUAUUUCAAUAUUUGAAACUUCUAAUGUAUGUAUUUGCCAACUCUUACUUGCAUAUACUCAAUGCAGGUCAAGUAAAAUAAUAGCUGCUUUUUGUUUGGAUACUUGGUGGCAGACACAUUGCUUGCCUCACAUGAAAAAAAAAAAAGAAUUAAAAACAAAAGGGAACAAGAGUUUUUUUUUAGUUGCUUGUUGGUUCAUCCUCUCAGAUUAGAGAAUAGAGUCAAACACAGACCAUGAUUCACAGAUAUGAUUUCUCUUCAGCUUUGGUUUGCAGUAUGUCAUAAGCUAGGCUGUGAAUACUUGAACAGUAGGGGGGCCAAUGGAAACACUGUAAGUGACUGCCUUGCUUUCAGGAGUCCAUUUCUAUUGCUGUGCACAUGUAGCGUUCUUUUCAUAAUCUUUUAUAUCAAGGCUCUCUAAAACGACAAACCAACAUGCUUAUUACAUUUGUAAAUUCUAUGAGAUCAAGGAAAUAUUCAAUGUUCAUAUUUGAUCUUAUUGUAAAGUUUUUUUUUAGUUUGUUCCUGGCAAUAUUUUUUGAAUGUUAUAUUUAUUAAAUAUUUUGUAUGAAAAGAAAUUCAAUCUUGUUUGCUUUCGAUUUGUACUCUAUUGUGCUACUUUACAAGUGGGCUUAGGGGCUGUUCAAAAAGAAAGCCUUGGUGUUAAAAAAACUAGUCGCAGCACAACAAAUGGAACAGAAUGGAUGUUUCGAAAUCCAGUCCUCUCUCUUAUGGGCCAUUCACAGAAAACUCUGUUUUGCGUCCAUCUGCAAAAAAUAUUUUUCAAUUUCUUUUGUUUUUUUUAAGUAAGUUUUUGACCAAUGUGCCAAGUGCAACAUUUUUAAGAAUCUAGACAAAUUUUUUAGAUGGUGUCAAGUAAAGAGAACUUUAACUUUUAAGAAAACCAUUUGUUAAAACUCCUGUGAUUUGUUCCAUUCGUUGCACUACAUCUAACUUUUAAGAACGAGAGCGUUUUCGCUCUGAACGGCCCCUAUGCUGAUGUUAUGUUAUAUGGUGUAAGUCAGAGGCACAAGGUCAGUCUAAACAUGUUAACAUGCAAUAUGUGGUUCCAGGGGUGGACUGGUAAGAGAAAUUGGCCUGGGAUUUUACACAGAAACUGUCCCAAAGGGAGGGAGGAGGGGGAGCUUAUUGCAGCUUAGUCCUGGUUCUCCCAAUGGCCAGUCCGCCUCUGAUCGGUCCCAAAGUGUGUCAGCCCACUGGGAAAAUGCCUGGUAUGCCAGAUUACCAAUCCAGCCCUGUGUGGUUCUGUCUACUCUGUACUGUGGGAAAAUUCCUUCCCCACAUGUUCAAUGAGGUAUUCAGUACAAUGACCUGGAAGUCAAAAGGCAACGAGUAGAAAAAUUUUUAAAAACUGAGUAGAAAAGGGGUUUCCCAAUGUUUGUUAGUCAUGUGUAAGGAUCUAGUUCAAAGUGAAGUGUAUAAUUUCUGGGGAAUUUCUGCAAUCUGUUUGUUUGAGCUGCAUGACUGGGCUAGAUAUAAAAACAUUGGUUCAACCAUUGGCAAGACUACCCUUUUUCUGUUUGGAUGAGUGUUUGAAACGUGUUAAAAAAAAAGUCAUUAAAUGUUUUUGUUUGUUUGUUUUUUGCAGUUCUGUUAGGUGCUGCUAGUGGUGCAGAAAUUACACAUUUAAUCUUUGAGGAUUAAUUCAAUAAAUUCUAGGGGUUCGGAUCAAUGUAUCGAUCAAAUAACCAAAGAUGCAAUGUCAUCUAUGCAACGCAUAAACAUAAAUGUUGAUUUUUUUUCAAGAUACGACUAUUUUGACACACUCAUGCCAGCCAUGUCCAUAUGUAUUUUCAUCGAUCGUACUACACAUUUCCGUCAACGUGCAUGUCCUCUUCAAAUUGUACAAGUGCCAGGCGCUGAUUGUGUAAAAUAGGCACACAAUAUCAGUUUAUUUUCAAUCGCAGGCCUCUGAAUCUAAUCAAAAUCGCAUCACAGCAGACUUUUUCAGGUUUUUCCCUCAAAAAUAAACUUCUGCACAAACACUCAAUAGCUUCAACACAUAAUGUACACAGUUGGCAACGCCGCACACUCAUUCUCUCUCUGGCAUGCUCAGAUGAUUUUCGGAGUCUCCGCUCUCACUGUAAUGAGAAACAGCUGUUAGAAAUUGUCAACCAGCUUGAUGAGCCUCACCACACCCCCUCUCCUGCAGACAGACACACGACCAUGCCCCCAACACCACAUACCCCCACCGCCC